AAUUAAGCUCCGGUUACAUUUCCAUUUAUCUUUUAAAUAUGAUCGCAAGAAAAAAGGUCACAACAUUGAACGUGCUUAAUCUCCCGCAACCAAACACAAGAAUCUGCUGAAACACACACACCUGUAACAUUAGUGAGCGCCCAAUCUGCGCUCUCAGAAAUAUGUCAGUGGGCAAACGUAGAAAACAGAAUGAAAGGUUAAUUUCAUGUUGAUCACGCGCUUUGGCAAAUUGUUUGUUUUUUUUUUUCUUUAUUUGCUUCCAGUCUUGAUUCAAACCUUGUCCUCCCACAGAAUCACGGACGCCGUCGUCAUUGGUGCUCGCGAGUCCCGCGGAGCGGUGGAGCUAUCGGGUGUCAAUCGCAGAGAGAGUGGGAGGGUGAGGGUGGGGGAGAGGGAGAGGGACGCAUGGGAUGCUCGGGGACCGACCCUCUCAGAGAAGAUGCUAUCGAUCAGGCUCGCGGAUGCUCUUACUCCCGGCGUGAUCAAGAUGCUGAUGUCCGUAAUUAGACGCCUUCUGCUCCCUGUGGGUUGAUUGGAAAAAGGUGGGCGUUCCCAAAUCCCCCAACUUCAAUGGCUCUGUCCAGGUUUGAUGCUUCCUGCUCUGAUGCCUUAAGUUGUUUCCGCAGCUCGCCGCAAACUCGCGCAUCUUGCCUUUCAUUUGCGCAGGUAAUGUGAGCAGCGGCAGCACCCUGCAUGGGAACUCCGAGUCACCAAUGCAGAACUCCUCAGCGCUGUUCGGGAUGGUGAGCCACUGUCAGGCACCAGCCUUCGCGGACUUCACCGGCCUGACGUUCUCCGUGUACGGCGGCAAGACGGACCUCUGCGCCCGGCGAGCCGCGGGCGGCGGCUUCGGCUCUCAGCUUUGCCGGAGCCCCCAUGACCCCCCGACCCACAUGAGCUGCGCCAGCCCGAAGGAGGAGAAAGCGCAUCUGUCGGCCAAAGCUCCGCGCUCGUGCUUCUCUCUCCCCGUAGCGCAAGUGAAUGCCGACGCAGAGCUGGGUGACAAUGAGGGCACCCUCAUGGGAUGUGGGCAGAGCUUGGCCCUCUCAGUGGGGGGUCAUCCGGACGGGCUCUACACCCAGAACCUCCAGGGCGACAAGCCCACGCCUGACCUCCUCCUGUCCAAUGGCCGUCAUCAGGACCCCAGAUCCUCCCCUGCCUUUCAUAGGACCCUGCCAGGGGCCUCACCCGGCCUGGGCUGCAGCAGCGCCAAUGGGGCUCACUCGUCUCUCCCUUACCAAAUCAAACAGGAGAAGUCAAUGGGCUAUAAGCUGUCCAGCGCAGCCUCUGGGGUCCACGCCGGACCUCAGGCCGGCUUCCAGAACUGCAGACCGGGCCACGUUUUGGAGAUGCCCCGGAACGAACCAGUUGGAGCUCCGCAUGCUAGCCGCGACGCUGGUGGCGUGUCCGGAGACGCGGUGCAAGCGUUUAAUAAUGAAGGUAACUCCUCCCCGCUGGCUUUGUCCCCGGCUGCCUCCCGUCAUUCAGUGCGGCCGCUCAGUGCUAGCGGUUUGAAGAGACUCUGCCUCGCCUCGCAGUCCACUGUCGCCGCCACGAGUUCCCCGUCAGUUGUCGGCGCUGCCUCCGAGGACGCCGACAUCUCCGCCGCCGCCGCCUGCUCCUCCUCCCUCUCAAUGUCGAUGGUUGCCUGUGUCAACGGGUUGCGCGCUAACCUCUCGCCAAGCCACGCAAGUCGCGCCAGCUUCUCCUCCUCUUCCUCCUCCUCCUCCUCCUCCACGUCCCCACCCUCCAACUCCUGCUCACGAGAAGCCCCCCAGAGGCCCGCCGCCCACAGCAGCCCCCAGCAGGCCUCGCUGCACGAGAGCUGCCAGCUGUCCUCACCUGCCACCUGCCUGCUGUCCCAUUCCUCCUCCUCCUCUUCUUCCUCUUCGGUGUCAUCACUGGAGCCGGAGCUGGGCCCAGGACAGAGCCAGGGACUGUGCGAGGACCAGCGCUCUAUGCUGCAGGGGUGUGGAGCUGGAGGAACAGCUGGCGGAGGCGGCGGCCCAGACGGGUUGGGGCUGCUGAUGAAUGGGGCCCUGAUGUCCGGGAUGCUGCACAUGGGGCCUGAAGCUGGGACUCUCCUGGAUGGAGGCCAGAGGUCAGCGGCUCCCCUCAAACAGGAGCCCAUUGACGAUUUUUCUCCCAGCGAAGACGAACUUUUUCAGCAUCACUAUCACUCCCGUUUGAGCGGUCGCAACGGGCACCUCCGCCACCCGCACCACUCCGCUCGACCCGCAAUGCCUCCACCCUACCACCUCCACCAGUAUGUGGGGGCCAGCCCCGGGGGCCAGCUGCUCCACCAGGGCCAGCAGACGUCACCCGCGGCCUCACUGGGACCCAAGCCCACCCCUGGAGGCCCCCAUGGGACCCACCCAGGCCCAGAGCGGGAGGACGCUGCGGGGGGAGCGCUGGCUGAUAAGCAGGUGUGUCGCUGGAUCGACUGCAGCGCUGCGUACGAGCAGCAGGAGGAGCUUGUGAGACAUAUUGAAAAAGUGCAUAUCGACCAGCGUAAAGGUGAGGACUUCACGUGUUUCUGGGCCGGCUGCAUUCGUCGGUACAAACCCUUCAACGCCCGCUACAAGCUCCUCAUUCACAUGAGAGUCCACUCUGGCGAGAAGCCUAACAAGUGUAUGUUCGAGGGCUGUAACAAAGCUUUUUCGCGUCUGGAGAACCUGAAGAUCCACCUGAGGAGCCACACCGGGGAGAAGCCCUACCUGUGCCAGCAUCCCGGCUGCCAGAAAGCUUUCAGCAACUCCAGUGACCGGGCCAAGCAUCAGCGCACUCACCUGGACACGAAACCGUACGCAUGUCAGAUCCCCGGCUGCACCAAGCGCUACACCGACCCCAGCUCCCUGCGCAAGCACGUCAAGAUCCACUCAGCCAAAGAGCAACAGCUGCGGCCGUGCCCUCACCUGGAGCAGGAUGUCCUGAGCGACUGUCUGUCCAUGCAGCACCUUCAGAGCUCCUCCGCCUCCUCGCAGCACCUGUACAGCGGCAAGGACGCCCAUUCUCCUGGACUGGGCCAGGACCUGUUCACAGGCCUCUACGCCGGCUCCAGCAACCCCCACCAGAGCGCCUCCGUGGAGCUGCUCUCCCCCAGCGCCGCUCCCGGGUCCGCUGCCGAGCUGCCGACCCGGCAGCACCGCCUGGACCGCCUGGACCGCGACCUCUGCAGCCCCCAUCACCUGUCGCCGUUAGCUGCUGUGGAUGGACCCAGGGACGGGGUGUCGGGCCCCCUCCUGUCUCCUGGGAUGAAGGGGACCGGGACACCCCCCCCCCAUCCGCUGGAGAAGCAGCACGUCCACUCUCACCAUAAGCCCUACUCCCAGUAUCACCACCACCCGUGUGCCAGUGACGAAUACCAGGGCAGCUUCCAGAGCUGCUUCCAUUUCGGCGACUCCUACAGGAUGGAGCAGACGGCAGCUGGCGCCCACCUGGGGGGCGACUCCCACGUCUACGCGUCCCAGCAGCACAACGGCUUCCACAUGGCGCCGGGCGGCGCCGGCUCCGCAGGCUUCGGCUUGACCCAGGAGCUGCAGGGAAACGCCGGGUGCCAGUUCUCCUCCGGCCCCGAGGAGAGCGUCUACUUCCAGGUGGGCAGCUUCGACCGCAGCCUGAGCCACGUGUCCUCCGUCUACACCGAGACGUAGAGCAGCGCUGGAGCAGGACCUUCACCCACAGUCUCCAAUAGAUCUGAAACUACAUAGGCUUCAUGACAGUAAUUCUGUAUUAUAAACCCCUGAAAUUCCCUAAACCCGUUCAGAUGUUUGCUGCAUCUGCUUAAACAUGGCCUGAGAGCGUCAGUGACACCACAUUGUGACAUUCAAAUUAAUGAGACACUUAUUUAUUGGGAAAGAAUCUGAUAUUGUUGUUUAUGGCACACGCAUGUGGAUCAAUAAGCUGUGAUCACACCUUUGUGCCUCGCAUUUCGCAUGUUGGUGGGAGGGACUGAGUCCGGUCCAGAUGAACUACCUACAGGUCACUCCCUGGCUUUCCGUAAGGAUCACAGACUUUGACUCAGCCGUUCCCAAAUGAGUUCUACUUGCAACAUUUUCUGGUUCCAGAUGUGUUUAAUGCUGUUGCCUUUCUGCUGAUUUUCAGUUCACAGCUGGAUACCUUUUUCAUCAAUUGCUUUUACAGCCACAGGAAAACAGGCCCAAACCCUGAUGAUGUCAUCAGCGUGGUGCGCACAUGGAAUCAGGCGCUCACGCGGGAACAAAGUGCUUAGUCAUUGUUAAAUGUGGCGCCUCACACGGAAGCCGCACAGUUCCACCUCGGACGCAGACGUCCGCUGACCGCCGGUCCGACAGCCGCCUCUGGCUCAUCCGCACAGCGAACCGUGAGUGAGCAGCCAUGCUGUCUCUGCUGAGGGUCAGGCGCAGUGGCAUCAGAAACACAACCUUCUACUGUACAAACGUAGUGUCGACAUCAGCCUUUUCUGGUGUGGAGCCACAUUUUCUGCUUUAUUAAAGAUGACACGUGUCUCCCAGGCUCCCACCUGAGUUCAUGAUCUGCCUUUUCAAAUUCAUUUAAACUUCAAAUUAAUUGAUUAAUGCAGUCUGGCAGCACGGAGAUCUGUGGACAACUUCCCACUAUAAAUAAAUAGUCAUUUUAUGUUUAACCCAACCCUUUACCUAGUUCAAGGCUUACAGCCACAUUAAGGUCAGUGUUACUAGGGCACAAUAAUAAAUCAGUGGAAGCCACCUUCCUUUAAAAAAUAUAUUGCAUCAGUCGUCAUUAAGUCAUUCCACAGGAUUCAGGACGUCAUUUAUUGAAACUCCAUCACCAGCUCAGAUUUGCACACUUACAGCACAACCAAACUGAACUUGCACAAGCAGUGUUUCCAGCUUUAACAUCGCAAAAACCCGAGUGAAUUUUGAAUGGAAAGUCGUCUCCCUCCUUUCACCCUCUUCUCUCUCAAAUCUACACCCUUUAAAUCUAUUUUAGUGUUGAAAAGAAUAUAUCAUUUGUUGCUGUGUUAUUGUAGCAGUGGGGAAAGAUGUUCGCCUUCCUCUGUUUUUGUUGUUAAGUGAUUUUGCCUUUGUUUCCUGAGGAGGGUUUGGGCUCUUGCAGAGACACCAACUUACUUUAUUAUAUUAUAUGUAUAAAAUGUACAGUUUGUUUACAACGGUCAUUUGAAUGUUUGUCAUUUAUCAAAUUUAAGGAAUAAAUAUUUGAUCAAGCAG